GUAGGGGGAGGUUUUGUGCGCGCUCCGAGGGGACGAGAAGGCGGUGGCAGCAGGGAGAGAAGAUCUGUUCGGACUACUGAGCCGUCGGCUCCCGAGUUUCCCCCCGAGCCUAUUUGGCCGCACCACAGAAACUGCGGGCCGUGAACACCAUGGCUAGCGAGAUCGACAACCUGAACAGCCACGAAGCAAAGACGGUAUGCGAGGCGUUGGGGCGCUAUGAAGACACGUUGCGAGGCGCUGUUCGGGAGAUCCAUGUGGACAUUCAGGUGUUCAAGCAAGGCGUGAGUCGGCAGGUGGAUGAGGUGCUGCGCCUCGCUAGCCCCCUGGCUCGCACCGUCUCAGAGCUGCAGCAGGAGAACCAACGCCUGAGGGUGCAGCUGGAGCGUCUUGCUCGGCAGGUGGAGGCCCUUAGCCGGUCGGCGGGGCUGCCGCAAGAGUGGCAGGACGAGGCAGAGAGGAGCCCUCCAGCUGUGGGACCCAGCUCUCCAGUGCCGGCUUUUUCUGCAGACAGGUUCUCCACCCUUGCGAAGCUAGCAGUGUCUGGUCGGAGCCAAAGUGUAGACCUGGAUGACCACCACAAACCUGAGUUUAGAAGAGUUUGUAGUUCUUCCAUCAUUGAAAAUGGGCAUCAGUCUUCAUCAGGUCAGGCAAAAGCCUCCCAUGAGCUGACCUCUUCUUAUAUGUCAGACUCUUCCCCUGAGGCCCAUGCUCCUGCAAUAACCUUACAGAUGCCCCACCUUCCUGUUACUGCAGUAACCAGAACAUCAGAGAAGUUUUCAGGAGAAACUGUUCAUUCAGCAGGAACAACUAGUGCAACCACUGGCCUGCUUGGACAAAACCAGAGCAAAAAUGAGAUGGCAUUGACAACUUCUAACCAGUCAGUGAAUGCCACGUCUGUCACUAAGCCUGUCUCUACUGCAAGCUAUGAAGCAAGUAGUGGAAACAAAACUGGUGAAAGUGCAACUGAUAGUUACUGUGGUGUGACACCCAAGCCUCACUCCUCUCCUCCUACUGUACAUCGUCAAGUUGAAAGAAGGCGAGAACUGGUACGGUCUCAGACGCUUCCACGAACUACAGGAACACAGACCAGGAAAGCACUUUUUGAGAAAUUUGAGCAAGACAGUGGAAAAGGAAAAGGACAAUCCAGACCUAAACUGAAGAGAUCACAGAGUUUUGGGGUUGCCAGCGCUAGCAGCAUUAAGCAAAUUUUGUUAGACUGGUGUCGCUCAAAAACCAUAGGAUACAAGCACAUUGAUCUCCAGAACUUCUCCUCAAGCUGGAAUGAUGGGAUGGCAUUCUGUGCUCUUGUACAUUCUUUCUUUCCUGAAACUUUUGAUUAUAAUAAGCUUGAUCCAGCUAACCGCAAGCAGAACUUUGAGCUGGCUUUCACCAUGGCUGAGAAAAUGGCUCACUGUGAUCGUCUGAUAGAAGUGGAUGACAUGAUGAUGAUGGGCCACAAGCCAGACCCCAUGUGUGUCUUCACUUAUGUCCAAUCUCUGUAUAAUCAUCUACGACGCUUUGAGUAAAACCAUCACCACCCAUCCAGCCAGAAUGAUCAAGUAUAUUAUGCUAAUGGGAAGACUGACAUUUUGCAAAUAGAACACUGUUAGUUCUUGCAAGCAUGUGGACAGUGAAAAGCAUUCAAUUGUAUUUGCUGACUGAAGUGUUGCUGAGCAGUGCCUAUGUACUUUUGGUGCUAAUAGUAGGUUUAAUUUUUAAUAUUCUUUCAAAGGUUACAGGAAGCUAAAUCUCAGCUCCUGUCUCUGUUAGAAUUACAGAAUGGCUUGGGUUGGAAGGGACCUUAAAGAUCAUCUAGUUCUAAUCCCACCGCUAUGGGCAGGGUUGCCACUCGCUAGAUCACGUCGCUCAAAGCUCCAGCCACCCUGGCCUUGGAUACUUCUGGGAAUGGGGCAUCCAAAACUUAUCUGGGAAACCAGUUCCAGUACCUCGCUGUCUUCAUGGUAAAUAAUUUCUGCCUAAUAUCUAAUCCAAAUCUCUACCCUCUUUUGGUAGGGUAACUCCUUGUCCUGUUGCUACAUUACUGGGCUAGAAACAGUUUUAUACGCUGACAAGUAAUUCUGCUAUGAAGAUGUUCCCUCCUAAAAAUACAGGUAAAACUCUAGGAGGCAGCUACUUCACUUCCACUUCUUUGCUCAGUAUACCACAGAAGUAAUAGACAGACAAGAAAAAUCCUCUUUAGCAAAUUUAGCAAUAUUACCCCUCCACCAUCUCCAUCCCACUUCAGCGAACGUGUGCAUGCACACAUGCACAUGUGAAAUAGGCACUAUUCGAAGCUCUGGAGAGCGGAGGUCCAGCGUGGACAGGAAUGAAGCCUUUACAGCUUGUUCAGUCCCCAUGUUCUCUAAUGUGGCCAGGCAGUGUUCCAAAAAAAAGUGUGAAAUACGUGGGAACUCUAAAAUGCUUUGGGCUAGUAUCUGGUUUCAAUUAAAUUAAUGUUAAAUCAACAGUGUCUCCAUUAACUAGCGUGGGUUUGCGCCAGAAUUGCUAGACAUAAAGUUCAUGUUUUAUCUUUUCUGAUUUUCUGUUUGCUAAAUCAACACAGCUUUGUUUUCCCAUUGAACACUGUAAACAAAAACACUAAAUAAGCAUAUAUAUUUUUUUUUUCUAGGGCCUUUUAAUGUAUUUCUAUUCUAAGAAUAGUCUAUAUAAAGUAAAAACAGCCAGCCACAAGCCCUCAACUCAUGCUAGAGAAUGGGUUUUUAACCUGCAUUUAUUUAUGCUCUUUGUAGAUAGUUACAAAGAUGACUUUGGCUCUGUGUUGAUGACUGUUUAUAAUACAACAUAUCAAAUGUUCUUUAGAAUUACUGCUUCUUUAUAGAAGGAUUUUAUUUUAUCCUUCCUUUCCAGUGAAGUUUACUUAAGAAACCAUGAAUGAAGCAACCGCUUUAUCAGACAAAGUCUGAAAAGAAAAAACCAUGUAAAGGUAGAGUAUAAGCUAACUGCUGAAGAGCUGGAUCACCAAAAGCUGUUCGCAAUGUGCCUAGCCUGUUUCUACAACACGCUGGAAACAGCUUGAAAGCAUGUUUUAAAUGUGCAUCUUAGUAUGUUUCUGAAAGAUAUGUGAUUAAACUAGUAGUAAUCCCAGGCACUGCUCAUACAGGUUUAGUGCAAGUGGACAGAGGACAGGCAAGGUGUUUGUAAUGUGUCUGCCAUUGUCUUUGGUUCCUAACUUUCUUGAAUGAUCAUAGUUCUGAUGAAUAAAUUGUUCCAACAAACACUCUGUAAAGAUGAACAAACUGUAGUUGUGUUUUGGAGAAAUGAUCAAAUUAGGCACAAUGAGAAAUGAGUCUGCAGUAGGUAUGUGAUGUGCAUAUUUCCAUUCUUAUAGCAGAAUAUUUUUCAUUGACUAGCAGAGCCAAGUUCCACUGCAGCUAUAUUACUGGCAGCAGCAGCUUUAUACAUUAUAUUUGUACACAGUCUCAGGUCAUGAAUGAUUGUCCUGUGUGAUUUGAGUGCUGAGGACAUGGUUAAGUGCUUGGCCAAUUUUGGUCUAGUAACAAAUAAUUAUAAAAAAGGAAAUUCCAGGCAUAAGUAGUUUUGCCAAUUCAUUAAGGGGAAUUAAGGUUUUUGCUACAGUUUAGCUUGUUCACAUUUACCCAAAAGCUAUUUGUGCAGUUUCCAAAAUUUCUCCCAUUUUAAAGAGAUGAUCAUAAAGGUAUCUUGCCAGCUGGGGAGUAGAAGACAGGUUUUAACUCCUGAUGGUUUGUAUAUAAGGUCAUGAUAGAUAUGGUAUUAUCGCAUAGUUAUAGAAAAGUACAGUGCACUAAAAUGCAUUAGAGAAUGCCUGAUCUAUAAUAUAUAGCCUGGAUGAGAUUGUAUGAUUAAAUUUAAUAAUGUAUGUAAAGUA